GCAGGAGGGGGGAAAACUUUUUACACAGUCUGAUAGUGAUAGGACAAAGGGAAACGGUUUUAAACUAAAAGAGCUUCUGUAAAGCAGGCUGAGGGGUCUCCCAUUAAUGUCCCUGACCUGAGCCCCAGGGAGGCAGCACACUUCCCAACAGGUGGGGUCUGGCUGACAUAAGGGGCCCUCCAUUCUUCUCAGAAAGGAGUCUCUCUCGUGGCGAUUACCUUCUUUCCUUCUUGGUGGAGGAGUCUUGAAGUGUGGAGUCAACUGCCUCGCCAUAGACAACCUCCUGGGUGGACCUUCCACAGCAUCUGCACCUGUCUUUGGAGUUCCAGAGCCUCAAACCUAUGGUGUAAAGGCAUCUGGGAAGGCAACAUAGGUAGGGAGGGGGGUUCUCCUGUUUCCAUUCCUUUCUGUCUCUUAGGUUCCCCUCUCCCUGCCCAAUUGCAGCAGGGCAAGGGUUCCACCACUUAUUAGAACUGUUAUCACACCGCUGCCUUUCUCGCAGAUAUGGCAGGGAGCUGCUUCACCGGUCCAUCUCCUGCUCACACUCCCUGACGUUCCUUAACCUCUCCACACUGCCACCAGGCUGAGCAGGUCAUCCAGCUUAUGCAGAUGGUAUUUCUGUCAUCGUGCGAGGGCAGCAGCAGACUCAGGCAACCCUCGCAUCUAACGAUCUGAACAGCCGCGUUUCUGGGUAGCCACGUUCCUUUUAGCAAGAGUUUUCUGUCUAGUGGAGACCACGGCUGGAUCUGUAGGCUGGGAAGCAGCGGACCGGUGAACCGCUGUGCCGAGAGGUGAGCGCUACUCCGACUUCUUGCGCGCACUGCCGCGUCGUCUGCCCGCGCCUCUCGCUGCGCUGCCCAGCGGCCGCUCUUGGAAUUGCAGGGGUUCACUCCGCUACUUCCCGACCUGCCGCGCCGGAGCCGCUGCCACGUGGAAGAGUUCGCCUGGGGCGGUACGUCUGCCGAAGCCUAACGUGGGGUCCGAAGUGCCUAUCUCCUCCUGAUGAUCUGCCCACCAGUCCAGCAGCUGCUUCCCCAUGCCCUGGGGACAGGCUGGGAAUGUUCUUUCCCACCCUGCAUCCACAUAACUUGGUCCCAGUUGCCUUGCAGUGUAAGAAGAGGUUUGUGGAGCUGACAGACACUGUCAGAGAAAAGGCAAAAAUCCACAAGGCACCGAGGGAGGAGGUGGAGGUGGAGAUGAAGAACUUCCAAAAGGCACGAGAGAACACCGAGAGGCGCACUGCCCCGAGGUUUCUGCUGUUCUUGGGCCUGCUGCAGCUUGUCUUCUUCAUCCUGGUCCUGCCUGCAGAGGGACAUCCUCCACAGGAUCCUGCCUGCAGAGCUGGCGACUGCCCUUGGCAGCCAUCCACCAAAACCUGCUCUUUUCUCACCCCAGAACGCACUGCAGCCCUUCAUCGUGGCACCAUUGGGUUUGCACAGGCAUUAAGCGUGCCUGCCUUGUCACCAAUAACAUCAAUAAAAUCCAUCCCAAUGCCAAAAUCGCUGCUUUCACUUUCAGAGACGGAGAUCGAAGUAAACGACGCCCUGAUGAGGUUUUUUGAUCGCUGCGACAAGUUCGUGGCCUUGGUGGAGGACAACGACACGGCCAUGUACCAAGUGAACGCUUUCAAGGAGGGCCCAGAGAUGAGGAAGGUGUUGGAGAAGGUGGCGAGUGCCCUGUGUCUGCCGGCCGGGGAGCUGAACGCAGAUCUUGUUCAAGUAGCUUUCCUCACUUGCUCGUAUGAGUUGGCUAUAAAAAAUGUGACCUCCCCGUGGUGUUCGCUCUUCAGUGAAGAGGAUGCUAAGGUAUUGGAGUACCUGAAUGACCUGAAGCAAUAUUGGAAGAGAGGAUAUGGCUAUGACAUCAAUAGUCGCUCCAGCUGCAUUUUAUUCCAGGAUAUCUUCCAACACUUGGACAAAGCAGUGGAUGAGAGCAGAAGUUCAAAACCCAUUUCUUCACCUUUGAUUGUACAAGUUGGACAUGCAGAAACACUUCAGCCACUUCUUGCUCUUAUGGGCUUCUUCAAAGAUGCUGAGCCUCUCCGGGCAAACAAUUACGUGCGCCAGGCGCAUCGGAAGUUCCGCAGUGGCCGGAUAGUGCCUUAUGCAGCCAACCUGGUGUUUGUGCUCUACCACUGUGACCAGGCGAAGACCUCGAAGGAGGAGUACCAAGUGCAGAUGUUGCUGAAUGAAAAGCUACUGCUCUUCCAUCACUCGAACGAAACCAUCUCUACAUACGCAGACCUCAAGAGCUAUUACAAGGACAUCCUUCAAAACUGUCACUUUGAAGAAGAGUGUGAAUUGCCCAAAUUCAACGGUACUGUUACUGACGAACUUUGAGGGAAUGAAAUGGAGUGGCUGAUUUGGAAACCGAUCUCGGUUUUCUUCAACAGACGUUGUGAACAAGCACUUUGGGUGAAAUGCUGCUGCUGUGUCGACUCUCUAAGCCCGCAGAUUUGAUGGCCAUUAUUUACCUGGGUUGUCUCGGUCAGCUUAGUGCACUGUUUGUUUAUUACAUAAUUAUUACAUAUAUAUAAUAUAUAUACAUAUAAUAUAUUACAUAAGAUGAAUGACAAAACCAAAUUCUGUAACAGGGAUGUCCCUGAGUAUUGGUAACAAAUGUGGUGGAAGACAAAGUGUGCCUGUAGGUUUAUGUGUACAGACAAGUAAUUUCCUAGGACAUUCCUCUUAUGAAUGUGCUGUUGAUAGAAUUUAGAGCUGGGAUAACUGUUUAUUUUGUCAGAGCUGAAGGUGCUUGAACUAAUUCAGUAUUGCUUUGUGCUGCCUUUUUGCUAGCUCUUGUUUUCUUAUGGCAGGCAUGAAAUAAUGUAAACUUGUGAGCUUUUUUAACUCCUUUUCCUGAGCCCCUAGCAGGGAAAGAAUAUAUGCUACUUCUCUAUAGCUGCCCAAUUUUUGCCUGGACAGCACCACAUGAGCAUCUCACUCUGGCACUGACAGCAGGAGGAGUUCCUGUGUGCACUGUCUACCUGUAAAGGGACAAGGGUUUAUGUUUCUUAAGUUCUCAUCGACUCAUCCAGCACUGCAAGUUAGCCAUCAUGAUAAGUAAAUUCUCCCGAAGGAGAAGGGAGGAAGAACGAGGGAGUGGGAAAUAUUCCAGAGCUCUUGAAAGGAAAAGUGGCCAUGCAGCAGUUGUUCACCAGGCAGUCUGGUGUUUCCUUUCACUUGACACCAUCAAUUUCUCGUGUUAACGUUUGGGCUGGGGCACUCAGGUGAGGCUCUGCAAGCAAUUUGAACGUCUUGGUCCUCCUCAAAUGCUGAAAGUUGUCUUAGAACUUCUGGAGGUCGCCAGUGCAUCCUGCUGCCUGGAACAGGAUAGGUGCUUACUCUAAAUCUGGACAGGCUUCAGACUGUGAGAAGUAUCUGGCUGGGACUUGACUUCUGCAAGCCUGAAGGCCCAGAACCUGGCCUUAUCCACUCGAUACACCAGCUUGUUCUUGAAAUUGAGCUGAUUUUAAAGAAAUUAACUGCAUAAAGGAAGUGGUUAUCUCUGAGUGUAUCUGCACUUAACGCAGAUUUACUUGCUGCUGAGAAAGUAUUUCAGAGUUCAACAGUAGAGCAGAAAAAAGAGAAAUCAAGAUAAUUGUCCAGAAAUGUCCAAAAUACAGCAAGUCAAAUAAAAGUUCCUUCGUUGCCCAGAAGGGAAGCCUGGUUGAACAGGCUGUCCCAAAGCAAAUGCGGGUGUGGUUUUAUGGUGCUGGUGGCUCCUGACAUAUGUGUGCCCCAUAACAAGUGCUCCAGAGCUCAGCCCGUAAAGUGAGGGGUAUUUUGCUGUGUUGACUGGGGAGUGGGUGAAAGGGUGGUAUAACCUGUUACCACAGGAGCGUCAUAGGCACUAUAAACAUUUAUACCCUCAUUUACUUUGGUAGCCUCACCAGCAAAACUGAAAACUUAACUGAUGGAGGGAAAGGAAAGAAAAAGGGGGAGAAACCUGAACUAGUUUAAAGUUUAGAAGUUUAAGUAAUUGCAGACUUAGUUCAUCUUUUUUAUAGAGGCCUUGGACUUCUGUCAUUUUUUUUUUUUCAUAUACACGUAUCAUAAAAACACUUCUGAGUUUACAUAUCUGUAAGUUAAGGAGCAACUGAAAAACUGUUUUUUAGGUUAUCAUUUUAUGAGUGAAAUCACCACGAGGAUUUUUUGUCUGUUUUUGUUGUUGUAACUUAAGUACUCUUCAUGGAGUAGGAUGUACGUUCUGUUUCCUUAGUGCACUGACUUCUAUGGAGGCUGUGGUUCUGCUCAGCAGAAGUACUGAUUAAAGCUGGUGAAUAUUAUAGUACUCAUGUCCUGGUAGAACUCUUGCAUGUUUUAGCUCUGCAGGUCUUUUUCUGAAACAGAGGAGGUGGCCAGGGAGGACAGCUGUACUGAAACACCUAUAGGAAUAUAGGUCAGGAUGAUUGCCAGCUCCAGCAUAUGACUUUUACUGCUAUUUUAUAUCAGCUUUGUCUCCUUUUUGGCACGAUACUGCUUUGAGACUGAGUCAAUUGAAUGUAGUUACUGUGACAGGAGCCUGUUAUGAACUUUAUUGUAAGGCAGUGUUUGAGGCAAAGCUAUGAAGAAAGAAACUUCUGUGUAAAGGUGGUAAAAUUUGGUAAAUAGCAGAUGUAAGGUUGAGAAAAUUCACCUUUGAACAUUUUUUUUUCCUGGUUGAGUCAUCCUAUGAUCAUUCACGAUAUGAACAGAAGAAAUGCGAGCUUUACUGCUGGAGAUAAGUGGAAGGUUCCCAUUUGUCUAUUCUGUUACCCACUGUGUUUGUUAAAGAUACUGUGUUCUUUGCAUUGCCCUGUUUUUUCUUAGAUCGUGAACCAGAUAAAGUGGAAGAACCAAACAAUUAUUUUUGUGGUGAGGCAUCAUUUGUUUCUGUGUUAAAGGUGGUAGCUUGAUAGAACAAUUCUGUGCAAGGGAACAGACUCUUCAGAGACUGAUUUCUGUUUUGCCUUGGCUUAGGUGUCUGUUGUAUCUCCAUUGUAACGGGUGUAUCUACAGUGGAUAUCACCAGUUAACUGAGAGGGAAAAUGUGCAAUUUGGUUUGUGAUCUGUAUGUAAAGGCUGUCCCCACUCACUCAACCGGCAUAAUUAGAGACUGAGCACGGAAAUCUUGCACAACUGCUGCAGCAGCUGUGUUGGGAUGUUUGUGUAUGCUGGGCACUUGUUCAUGUGACUAAUUCUGACUGCUAGGGAUAUGACUUCAGAUGACUCUGUUAUUUAAAAAGAACAAAAAAUACAUCCUCAAGCAACCAAAAAUAAAUUUGUAGAUAGACUAAAAAGGAAAACCAAACAGGAUCGACGUAUUUCCAUGGAGUUGGGCGCUGGCUCAGUGAAGCAAUGCAAAGAGGCUGCCACCUCUCAUGGCACUGCAAGUUGGCCCAUACUGGAAAAGCCCUGCAAGGAAAAUGAUGCCUUCGCCUUCUGCAUGCAGCUCCAGGCAGAACCCCUCACCUUAGGCCUCCAGUGACAACUCCAUGUGUAACUUCACCCAAACUGGAACCUUUCAUUGAUGGAAGACACAGACUGUGUUCUCGGAUGCUGGCAUUAAACACACUUGAAAUAUAUUUAAUUUUGGAUGUCUAAAGCUUUACUAAUGUUUCUGGAAAACUUAUUUUUUCCUUCUAGUAAGUAUUGUUGCUGUAAUUCUGGCUGGCAUGGAGCUCUCUGCUGCAUGCAACGUGACUUUGUGAUACUAGGACUGGAUGAAUUUGGAUAACGGGUUUUGGAUUUUCAGUGCUGUGAAAUAAAACUGCACACUUUUUUCACCUUGUUUUAUGAGCAACAAUAAUGCAAUGUGUAGCAUCAUGCCUGUAUUCUGCUUCAAACACAUUUGGCAGGCUGCUGUUCCUUGCAGUGUGUCUCUGGUGUUUUACUCUUCACACUGCCGCAUGCUUAAUAUUAAAGUACAUUGAUUGACAUUCUA